ACCGCCAUGGCCUGGAGCUCUGACAACCUCGUCCGGCGGAGGAAAUCCGUCUGGGAACUGCUCUUCCUCGCUUGCAUCAUCGGCAUCAUCGUCCUGGGGGUCCGCGGCAGUCAACAGAAACUGUCACAACCCAUUCCCCUCUCGGAACCCGCCGAAGUGCCCGAGCGAGUCGAGGACGACAAACCAACUCUGGUCGACGCACCGAAAGCGCUGUGGUGUAGAAGUGUCGUCCAUGCCGAAGAUUUCGUCUUCUCCAUCAGAACCAGCGCCGCGGAGAUCGCCACGAAAUUACCACCACUGCUGGAGUCGACGUUAAGAUGUCCGCAUAACUUACUGGUCUUCUCCGACUGGCAGGAGACAAUCAAGGGACAGCCAGUCAUCGAUGCGUUGGAGCACAUCGACACGAAAAUCCAGACGACACAUCCGGACUUUGACCUCUGGCGGCGACUUAGAGAGGGCGGACCAGACGUCCUCGCAGAUGAAGAAAUGUGGGAGUCCGACAAAACAACAGAGAAAAUCGACAAGUGGAAGAUCCUCCCCAUGCUGAACCGAACCUAUCACGAAUACCCCACCAAAAAAUGGUACAUCUUCACCGACACCUCCACCUUCCUCUUCCACACCAACCUCAUCAACUGGCUAAACCAAUACAACGUCACCCUCCCCCACUACAUCGGGCUCCCCUCCCCCUCCACCCCAACCCUCGACCCCACCCUCCACGGCUCAACCUUCAUCCUCUCCGCACCCGCCCUCGCCGCCCUCGUAUCCGAAUACAACACCCACCCAGCCGCCUACCACGACCUCUUCGCCGCCUACGAAGCCCGCCUCAAACUCGAUCCCUACACUCAAACCCCUCUCGUCGUCAACAUGCCCGCCUGGCCGAUCCUGCAACCCCAAUCCCCCGCUACCCUCGACUAUAGAGCUAUGCGCGACUUCAAACGCCUCUGGUGUUUCCCCUCCGUCUCCUACGGCAACCUCUCCCCGCCCGAAAUCGUGGAGAUGCAUAAAUUCGAAGCGGGCUGGUACGUCGAGCACGCCGGGGAGAUCCGCGACAUCUUACACAAAGACGUCUUUACGGAUUACAUCCUCCCGCGACUCGUCAUCCGCGGCGGGAGAGCAGACGACUGGGAGAAUUUUAGUGAUGGCGGAGGGUCGCUUUUUAUGGGACGGAAGAGAGCGGAGAGCGUAAGUGAGUGUCAAGGCAUGUGUCAGGCGAAUGAAGGCUGUUUGCAGUAUGAAUUCGCGGAAGGGUUGUGUCGAUUUGGAGACGUGCCGAGGAUGGGGAGGUUUCAGAAGGGAGGACAGGCGAGGUGGUUGUUGGCGAGGGUGCAGGGUUGGGUGGAGGGGAGGGAGAAGUGUUCGGGGUUGGAUGGGUGGUUUACUGUUUGA